AUGUGGCAAUGUGAAAACAUGUCUGCACCUGCUUUUAUAGCCUUUUAUUAUGUCACCGCGAUUGAAAGUUGGACGUAUAUUAAUAUAAUAGAAUAUUACCGUGCAAAAAUUGAACAAAAGGAUUUAAAACAAAUACUAGAUCGUGUAAAAAAGGAUCUUCAAGUGGUGGCAAAUCCUAAUUCUGAUUUUGACGUGGCGAGCAAAGAAAAAGCUCAAGAAAUCCUUGAUGACUGA